AUGCAGCCUAAUUGGAGGGGUUUACCAAGAUUAGAGGCCAGGAAUUACAUAUCUGUUUAUGAAAAAGAUCAUUCACAUAAGACAACUUUACUAAAGCUGGCUAAGCUGGAUUUUAACAUGCUACAAUCUCUGCACAAGGAGGAGCUACAUGAAAUAUCCCUGUGGUGGAAAGAAUUAGACUUUGCCCGAAAACUUCCAUUUGCUAGAGAUCGAAUUGUUGUGGACUACUUAUGGAUUGUGGGAGUCUAUUUUGAGCCUCAAUAUGGUCUUCCCAGAAAGAUUCUGUCAAAAGUUAUCGCAAUGGCAUCCGUAAUUGAUGAUGUCUAUGAUGUUUACGGGACUUACAAAGAACUUGAAAUCUUCACAGAAGCGAUCGAAAGAUGGGAUGUUGGCUGCAUAAAACAACUCCCAGAUUACAUGAAGAUUUGUUACCAAACACUCUUAGAUGUGUUUGAAGAAAUUGAGCAAGCUAUGGUCAAAACAGGAAGAUCAUAUCAAUCAUAUUAUGCGAAGGAAGCAAUGAAGAUGCUGAUUCGUGCCUACUUUGUUGAGGCUAAGUGGCUAGGGAUGGCAAUGGGGGCGGGGAGUUUCGUCUAG